AUGCAGAAGCCAAAAUACACUUCUGCAAUAACAAAAGCGACACAACACUGUGUGUUUGACGUAAUAAGCAUGGAACAAACUCGUAUGCGUGAUUACUGGAAUAACGGUUUUGCCGUUCAUUCUGUACGACCUAUCUCAAAACAAACGGUACCGCAUAGGCAAGCAGUGGCCAAAGCGGUGCCGAACCGGAGGAGAAGAGGCAUACAUAAAGGCAUUCCUGCAAAUGCAGUGGUUAUACCAAAUGUACCUAUAGAUGACUAUUACAGUCAAAUGCCAGGGGUAUACUAUCAUUUUGCGAAGCUGGAAUGGAGAGCUACUUGCAGAGACCCCUUUGUGUGCUCAAAACGAACGCAACGCACAUUUGGGGUACGCAAAUAUGGUUUCUAUGAAGCCAAGUUGCGUGCGGAAGUGGCAGCACAUGAGUGGGACAAGCACCGAGAAGUCAUUAACUUCUUGAAAACUGUAUCAACAGGAGAGGCGCCGAAACAACCCAUAAGACGACCAACACCUCCACCGCCGCCGCAAAAUGACCUAAGUAAUCCCUACGGUUAUCCUUUUAUCGUGUAUGGUUACACAGAGUAUCAACAGAACGAUAGCCAUCCUAUAACGCGACUACAAGCUUCAGCCCCCUACUUCUACAACUCCAGCCAACUCAACCAUAUCUAA